AUGGGCCCUCCAAGCAGGAGGGGCUCCAAAGCCAGCCCAGGGUGCUCUGAGGAGGAAAAAACCAGCCUGUGCCAGGAAGGCGGCCAGAGCUUGAGCUGGAGCUCCGACCUGGUGGUGCAGCAGCAGCUUCACACCAGCGAGAAGCCCAACAAGUGCUUGGAAUCUGGGAAGAGCUUGAGCCAGAACUCCGAGCUGGUGGUGCAGGAGCGCAUCACUGCCCUGGGGAAGCCCUACAAGUGCCCCAGCUGUGGGAAGAGCUUCUGCAGCAGCUCCAACCUCCUUGCCCACCAGCGUGUCCACACGGGGGAACGGCCCUACGAGUGUGCGGAAUGUGGGAAGACCUUCAUCUAUGGCUCCCACCUCUUCACCCACCGCCGGGUGCACACGGGGGAACGGCCCUACAAGUGCUUGGAAUGCGGGAAGGGCUUCAGCGUCAGCUCCCGCCUGAUCCGCCACCAGCAGAUCCACACUGGGGAACGGGGGCCCCAGCCUUACAAAUGUGGGGAAUGCAAGAAAAGCUUCACAUACAAUUCUCAACUCGUCACCCACCAGCGCAUGCACACGGGGGAGAAGCCCUACAAAUGUGGGGAAUGUGGGAAGAGCUUCAGUGUCAGCUCCCAUCUGACCCAGCACCAGAAGGCCCACACGGAGAAAUGGCCCUACCAAUGUCUUGAGUGUGGGAAGAGGUCUCGGAGCAGCUCGGACCUCCUCAAGCACCAGCAGACACACACGGAUGAGAGGCCCUUCCGCUGCACUGACUGCGGGAAGGGCUUCAAACGCAACUUCACCCUCGUGAAGCACUGGCACAGCCACAACAGGGAGGGGCCCUACAAGUGUGAGGAGUGUGGGAAGAGCUUCACCCACAGCUCUGCCUUGACCACACACCAACAGAGCCACCAGUAA